AUGACGGGCGACGCGACGACGCUCGAGGACGUCGUCCCGACGCGCGUGUUCGCGGACUGCGUCCUGCCGUGGAUGGACGCGCGAACGAUCGCGGCGUUCUCGCGAUGCGGCGCGUACGCGGACGCGGCGACGGACGACGACGCGCACUACGAGCGAAGGAUGGCGCGCGCGUGCCGAGGCGCGCUGGCGAGGCAUCCGGGACGCGCGGACGGGACGACGUCGACGCGACGGACGAUGCGAGGGGUGUUCCUGAAGACGUGCGCGACGACGGCGGCGGCGACGGCGCGAGCCGACGACGUCGGAGCGUCGUUUCGAGAGCUCGGGGACGACGCGCGCGCGUACGAGUACGCGUUGAAAGUCGCGUGUCUGACGAGAACGCGCGAGCCGGAGCGCGAGAGCGAGCGGGCGGAGCGGGAGAGGGGGGUCGAUUUCGAUCGGGCGCGCGAAAGCGAGCGCGAAAACUUUGCGGGCUUGGUCGAGGCGUUGACCGUACCACCGCUGCCUUGGGCGCCGACGCACUGCGAUUAUGACGAUCCCGACGGCGAUUCGGAAUCCGGAGCCCGCGGAACGAGGCCGUCGGACGACUACGACGCGGUUUUCGACGACCGAGCGAAGCCGAUAAUUCCGCUAUUGAUUCGAGAACUGUUGGUGAAAGACCCUGGCCUGCGUCGGUUAUGGAAAAACGGAACGCGCGAAGACAUGUUGAGUGCGAUUGAAGCUCGGUUUAAAGGGCUCGUUCCGGCGAUGUGCGAAGUUCUGUCGGCGUACUCUACGCGCGCUAUGGAGGCUCAAAUAUCACUGAAGAGGAAGAAGAAUGAGAAGGUCGUGGGAAAUUUAAUGAAGAUCGGCAGUGGAAGUCCAUCGCAGGACUGGACUCUCGCGCGCACGGCGAUGUGGGCAUCGAACAGUUAUGGAAUGGCGCACGAGCUGUGUCACGUGAUCCCGCUUUUAUCGGCGAUGUUUACGAGCGACGGGUUCCACUUAUGCCCUCCCACUCGCAUCGGCGGCGGUCCGUAUCCGCACGGCGGCCGUCCGACGGGCGAUCUCGAGCGUCGCGCGCUCGUUUCAGACGCGCCGACGACGGCGAACGCGAUGGAUGGGAAUUACCGGGGAUUUCGAUACGCGUUCGACGUUCCACGUCUCUACGCGAACACGCUUCACCCAACCGACCCGAGGUACGACCCGAAGGACGCCGUCGUCUUCAAGCUCAAGCUCUUGAUUCCUCCCGACUACCAGCCCCUCGUGUCGACUCGAGACCGCGCUCACCGGGGCGGUUGGCACGCCGUCGCGCGCGCGUCCGACGACGACGACGUCGACGCGCGUUCUUCGCGAACCAUCACCGCGCACCUCGAAGACGGCUUGGGCAAGGCUGAACUCAAGGGCAUCGUCUACGUCAUCGACGAUUCCGACGCGCGCGACGGUUCCGUCCCCGUCUGCCCUCCCCGCGUGGUCUUACGCGGCCGGUACGCCGGCAACCCCUGGCCCGGCGGUCGCCUGCUGUUUUGCGGUUCCGUCUCCCCGACCGCCGUCUCCGGGUUCGUCUCCAAAGAUUUCGGCGAACCGAGCGAGGUGUUCACGAUGUGGGCCGCGGCCCGUAGCCACAGCCAAUAG